AUGGGGAAAGGAAAACGAAAACGCAGAUCGCUACGAAGCUAUGGUACUGUACAUGCGGCACAACAGCCAGACGGAGCUAAGGUCCUCGAUGGGAUUCUGCAAAAUGCCACGGACGACAUUGACUCCGAGACUGUUGGCAAACUGGCCGAAGCAGCUGCCGCUAAUUUCACGAGUGGUGCCCAGAUUAUGGCCGUUCUGAUACGGAGGUUGGGGAAGAAGCUCAUUAUCUCUGACUCAGUGGUCGAAAUAACAGCACGAAGUCGGGGGAGUGGAGAAGAUAUCAUGUCUUUUCUCCUCAAAUUCCCGUCUGCACCCAUUCCGGAUGGCGCAGAGAGCACCUCCUGGCAUCAAAGACUACCGAUCAGCCCGCUGUACUCAAGAUAGCGGCAGGCAGUAAGGGUACUGCAUUGUUGCGCAUGCUGCUACGCGAACGAAGAAAUGGAAUUCAUAAUGACCAUGCUG